AUGGCUUCCAGAUUCCACCAAAGAGAUGCGCGGAAUGCCCUCUUCUCCUCCUACGACGCACAAGCUCGAUCGCGACCAUCCUCCGCCGCAUCAGGAUCACCAGCGCCGCCCAGGUCAUCCUCGAGAAAUGCACCUUAUGCCAGCUCGCCCUAUGGACUGAACGGCAGCGAUCCAUCAUCAAGCUAUAAUGCAUACCCACCAUCAGGCGGGGGCUUUAGCGCUUACCCUGGCAACAGCACUGAAGCAGGCGGGAGGAGUAAUGCAGAUGGCGGCUUUAGGUCAGCGACACCGGACAAGAAGGGACAGUACAGCGAUGCGGUCUUGAGCGAGUUGGAAAGCCAAAACGAUGAUCAAGCAAGUGAGAUGAGCAAGAAAGUGAAGAUGCUCAAGGAUCUCACUCUGGCCAUUGGCGAUGAGAUCCGGGACAGCACAGCACUGGCUGAGAAGAUGAACGACGGAUUUGAGGGGACACGGAAUCGUCUGCGGGGGACGAUGAACAGGAUGCUACGGAUGGCAGAGAGGACCGGCGUGGGUUGGAAAGUCUGGGUCGGCUUCUUCCUAUUCGUGUUCUUCUUGUUUGCAUAUGUAUGGUUGUUUUGA